GGACUAAAUGGGCAGUACAUUUUUUGUUCCGUGACGAAAAGAGGGAAAGUGAAAGUGGCACCAGGCGUGGGCGUGGCAUCACUAGAGUUGCCAAUUUCAUAUGGACCGCGCAAAUCAAACCUCUUUGGGAUAAGAAGCCGAAUGAAUCUGCGCGUUUGAGAAAUAGGAAGAAGAAAGCUCCUUCUCCUUCACCAUGGUCACCCAAGCAAAACUAGUAGUAGAACCUCAUUUCUCCUGCGGUAUUACUGUUAGCACUUUGGAGAGCAGUUUGAAGUUCGGCCAUCGUUCAUCCUUAAAAUUUCAUUCAUUUACCACUCGACGACGCCUUUCAUUAGCAGCAGAAGCAGAAACAACUCCUCCCGGCCCAACCAAUCAGGAUGAGCAAAGAAAGCCACCGGAUCUUCAAACACUUACUGGAAGGUUCUGGAAGAUUGCUGUUCCAUAUUGGUCAUCCGAUGAUAAAGUCCAAGCCAGACUGCAAUUAGCUGCUGUCUUUGCACUUACUUUAGGGACCACCGGUAUCAGCGUUGGUUUCAAUUUCCUCGGCCGUGACUUUUAUAAUGCACUAGCCAACAAAGACCAAGAACAGUUCACCAAACAACUGUUAUACUACCUUGCUGCUUUUGCUGGUGGUAUUCCGAUCUUUGUGUUGAGAGAUUAUGCGCGAGAGAAGUUAGCUUUAAGGUGGAGAUCUUGGAUGACAAGCUAUUACAUGGAACGUUAUCUGAAGAAUAAGACGUUUUACAAAAUUCAGUCUCAGUCUACCAUCGAUAAUCCAGAUCAGCGAAUCGUUGACGAUUUAAGUUCCUUUACUGGAACAGCUCUCUCAUUUUCAUUGACCCUCUUCAAUGCUGCCAUAGACUUAAUAUCUUUCAGCAAUAUCUUGUACGGUAUCUAUCCGCCACUGUUUAUUGUGCUUCUUGCAUAUUCACUUGGUGGAACGGCUAUCAGCAUCUUCCUUGGAAGGGGAUUGGUGGGCCUCAACUUUUUGCAAGAGAAGAAAGAAGCGGAUUUCCGCUAUGGGCUUGUGCGUGUUCGAGAAAAUGCUGAAUCAAUUGCAUUUUAUGGAGGCGAGGAGAAUGAGAUGCAACUACUAUUAAGUCGUUUCAAAAGCGCUUUUGAAAACCUAAAUCAAUUGCUGAUAUCUUCUAGAAAUCUGGAGUUCUUCACCAGUGGCUACCGCUAUCUUAUUCAAAUUCUUCCUGCCGCAGUUGUUGCACCUAUGUACUUCUCUGGAAAAAUUGAGUUUGGGGUUGUUAAUCAAUCCGCCUCUGCUUUUAAUCAUAUUCUUGGUGAUUUUUCCCUCAUUGUCUAUCAGUUUCAGGCUAUAAGUGCCUUUUCAGCCGUCAUUGACCGACUAGGUGAAUUUGAUGACGUUUUGGAUAGCAGCAACAGAAAAAAAGGUGAUCAUGACUUAAAGGAAGAAAUCCAACUUAGUUUUUGCUUAAUAAGCUGUUCCAAUGGGCUACAGUCAAAUGGAUCUAUGCCGCUUUCCAGCCGUGUAAAAUUACUUGAUGUUGAACAGUUGACUGUACAGACACCAAGUAAAGCAACUCUUAUUAAGGACUUGUCUUUUGAGAUUUAUGAAAAGGAUCACUUGCUGGUUACAGGACCAAGUGGAAGUGGUAAAACUUCAUUGCUGAGAGCUGUAGCUGGUCUUUGGAAUUUUGGGAGUGGAGCAAUUACAAUCUAUGUCAGACCUAGAGGAGAAUUGGAUAUGCCUCACUCUCCAGAUGUGAUUUCUAGUCAAGUAACUUCAAUUAAUGAGAUAAUUGGGGAUUCCACAGGACGUAGAAAUUCUGAAGGUGUAAUUUUUCUUCCUCAAAAACCGUAUAUGGUUUUGGGAACCCUCCGACAACAAUUGUUGUAUCCUACAUGGACUGAAGAUUCAGAUAACGUGGUAGAUGAUGCUAAACAAAGUGCACAUGCAGGAGAUGCAAGGUGUGUAAAUGUAAGGCCAAAUCGGCCUACAUCAGAUGAUCUGAUACAAGUUCUCAAUGACGUAUCCCUUAGACACUUGUUAUCUCGUUUUGACGGCCUAGAUUCAACAUAUGAGUGGUCGAGCGUUCUUUCCCUUGGGGAGCAACAACGCCUUGCCUUUGCCCGUUUGUUGCUUGCAAAACCAACUUUGGCUCUGUUAGAUGAAUCCACAAGUGCUCUUGAUGAAGCCAAUGAGGCUCGUCUAUAUCAGCUAAUCCAAGCUGCAGGAAUCACGUACAUAAGUAUUGGCCAUCGUAGCACCCUUUACAAAUACCAUAAAAAGGUCUUACAUAUAUCUACUGCCAAUACAGCGAGUAACCAGCGCAAUUGGAGCUUUAAGAACGUAGGAGAGGACUCCAUAUACGAUUUUUCGAAGCAGUAACUUUGAGCAAAUAAUUUUUCCUUUAGUACAUGUUAUUAUUGUUUGGACGCUUAUAGGAGUCCAAACUGCUCGCGAGUAAGUUUUCAAAAAUUUCAUCUUGACUAUGCUGUAUGGUCAAUGGACUGCACAUGGAGGUUCUCAUGGAAUGCAGUCAAAUUUUGAGAAUUACUCCCCAUGAAUGUCUCUAUGUCAUUCUUUCUACAUUUCCAGGGUUAUUUCCAUGUAUCUGUAAUUGACGGGUAGCUAUGGAAUGAAAUCAUCUACUUAGAAUUUAGGACA